UCACUUGCAAAUCUUCAAUUCAAAAACCUGCCCGGCUGCUUCUACUAUUUCCGAGUCCUCCGAGUCUUCUAAUCGUCUCCAAGUAAGUUUCUUUCAUUCCUUCUCUGAGUCAUGUCAGACCGUGAGGAUAGUCAGAACCCCUCCGUUCAUUCUUAUGGUUCUGGCGGCCGGUCUCCCACCUUUGGUUCCUCCUCUUCUUCUUCAUCUUCCGACUUUGAGCACCCGGCUACUUCUCCACAGAAGAAGCCGGUUGAUGCUUCCACUUGCGCUCCCUCUUCUUCCGCGGCGCAAGUGGUCUCGGUUGCCCAGUCCGGGGACGAGGGCUUCAUUCAGCUAGACGAUCGGUUGCUCCAAGAGCAACCGUCGUACAUGCAGAAACCCCAAGUCCACGAACUGCGUAAUCUGAUGCCCAAUGGGUAUCAAUUGACCUACCGGGCAACGUGGAUGAGCAUUAUACCUCUCCAUGCCGGCACGUCGAUUGGGAUCCAUUACCAUUCGAUCAAGGACUUAGGUGAGUUCUCUAUUCACCCAUUCAAAGUCCUUUUCCUUGAGACCUACGGGAUCAUGCCCGGGCAGCUGGCCUCUAAUGGUCACCGUUUGUUAGGAAGCUUUAUCAACGUCUGCCGGUUUCUUCGUAUUCCUCUUUCUCUUCGCCUCUUUGAUUAUAUGUUCGAUGUUCGGCCCGGGUCCAAGGAAACCCUUGGAUUCGUGGUGGUGUCUUCCCACCAAGGUCGAGCAUUGCUUUAUGGUCUUCCACCCUCCAACAAGAAGUGGAAAGACAAAUAUGUCUGUGUCAAAUUUCCCCCGGGUGCCUUUCCUUUUGCCCAAAACGUCUGGGGGAAAAGAAUGAAGCGCCAGGUCAAACCAGCGGAGGCCGAUGACCUGGUUGCUUGGGAAGCCACUCUCCGGGCCGGGGAUGCCUCCACCCGCGUGGUGAAGUUUCAAUCCAAGUUUGCCGUCCCCCAAAUCGUGGUUGAGGAGCCCUCCUCCGCUCAGCCACUCACUCCUCCAUCCAGCCAACCACUCUUGAUGGAUGAUCUUCCGGCCCAGUCUCACCAAGGGACCAGCCAGCCGAUUCACUCGGGGGAGAUCUACUUCAACGUAGACACCUUCGAGUUCGACAAUAUGAUGGGUGAGACUGGGCAUACGUCCCAGGCGGGGGUGGGAGACCGGCCCAAUGAGGAAAGGGACGCCAAGGAGGAGACUUCUGGGGGGUCCCUUCAACGGAAGAAGCGGAAGACUGAUGAAGUCAACCAGCCUUCCCAUCAGGGGGCCCAGUCCUCCGACGCCGGCAAGGGGCCGAUAGUGCCUCGCUCUCUGGCUUUAAUGUCCAGGUCAAACGAGGAGCUCUUCCGAGCAUUCCGUGCUGAUCUGAAUGAGGUCGGCCGGAUCGGGGAGGAGUACUUCGCCCGGCUGGUGAAGUCGAUGGAUGAGGAGAAGGCCCGGAUGGAGGCCAUGAUGGUCGAAUGCCGGAAGGAAGCCCAGGCUGCCCGGGCCAAGGCACAGAAGAUAGAGGCCAAAUGGACAGAGCACUGUGCGGUUUACCGCCAGCUCUAUGCCAAGCACGAUGGUCUCCUCAAGGCUGCGAAAGAGGCCGAUGAGCAGGCCCAGGCCAAGAUCAAUCAGCUGGAGGCCGAAAAUGCCCGGUCAGCCGAGGAAAUCGCUCGGCUGGAAGAUGAGCUGCAGAAAGAGCAAUCGGAGCGUGCCGCCCUUGCUGCUGCCUGGGCCACUCAAACGCCUGAGGAGUUUGCUGCUAAGGCGUUGCCUGACCGGGAGACUGCCAUCCGCUUCUUCCAAGGCUUGUACAAGUACGAGGUCUCGGCCGGGAUCGUCGACGAAAUCGGAACGUACGGCUUUGAAAGCGGCCAGUACUCGGAGCGGAAGGCCCUCUAUGGCAUCCUUCAGCAGAGGAUCCAAAGUUUUCAGCCAAAGGCUCUUUCUCUGCCCGAGCUGCACUCCGAGGCGCCUGAACCUCCCUUCCCGGGCAUCUGA